GACAUUCCAACAACGGCACUUCCAGAAGCCGUUGGAAGAAGCGGCGGCGACGACAACACGAAGUUCCGCUUUGAUGGAGCUAUCCAUCUCCACUGUCUAGCAGAGAAAGAGAGAGAGAGAGAUGUCGGAGAAGGAAGCAAGGACGAUCAAGCUGCGUUGCCCGCCGCUGUCGAGGACGGUCACGAUCGCCGCGAGGGACGAGCAGAGGCUCGACCUCGGGUCCAUUGCCCGGGCCUUCGGGCUCGACCCGCAGACCCUGAAGCUCAACGGCCACUUCGUGAGCAGAGGCGCCGACCUGGUGUCGCCUUCCGUCACCUGGAGGUCGCUGCUCUCCUUCUUCUCAUCCAAGGGCUUGCCCACCGGAGGAGACGGCGGCGACGCCCUCCUCGUCGACGGGAAGCUCUUGAGGAUCGGAAGCAAAAGAGGACAUGAUCCUGAAGGAAUGAUGGGUAGGCCAAAGCACGAUGAGGAUUGCUCAGGCCAAAGCAGGAGGCAGAGUGAAGAGGUUCACAUCUCAAAGCCUACUAAGAAAUCGAAGAUCGAUGAUUCGGCAGACUGCAGGUGCCGCUGCUUUUCGAUGACAGACAACGGUUUGGGUUCGAAGAGGAAGCAUCUGUCCGAGGAAGUGAGCCUGCUCAAGAGGUUGAAGAUAAAUGAUGCCUCUUCUGAUUUUGGAAGUUUUGUCUGCAGAUACAUGGGUGAGAAUUUGAAGAGACUGAGAGACGAUGGUCGAGGGGUAACGUACGCAUCCUCCAAAAGGGUGAGAUGAGGUUUUCUGUUUUUUGUUCCCCCAUUUUGUUAGUUUCUGUUUCUA